AUGGCUAGCAAAGCACAGGUCCCUUCUCCUGCCCAGGGUGUUGGUCCCAUCUACCGCCCUGAUGGCGAGAAGCCCACCGCAACCGUCUCCAAAGAGGUUUCCUACGAUAAUGUCCACGUGCUCCCGCAAACACCUCAGUUGAUUGCUCUUCUGACUAUGAUCCGAGAUGGGCGUACCGCCCGUGCGGACUUCAUCUUCUACUCCAACCGCAUUAUUCGCCUUUUGGUGGAAGAAGGCUUGAACCACCUGCCCGUAGUCGAGCAAUCGAUCCAAACCCCCGUUGGACGGGACUACCUAGGUGUCAAGUUUGAGGGAAAGAUUUGCGGAGUGUCCAUCAUGAGAGCUGGAGAAGCUAUGGAGCAAGGACUGAGGGACUGCUGCCGGUCAGUUCGGAUCGGCAAGAUCUUGAUCCAAAGAGAUGAGGAGACCUGCAUGCCCAAGCUUUUCUAUGACAAGCUUCCUGAAGAUAUUGCUGACCGAUGGGUUCUUCUCCUUGACCCUAUGUUCGCCACUGGUGGAUCCGCGACCUUGGCGGUGGAAGUGCUGAAGGAGAGGGGAGUCCCUGAGCAUCGCAUUCUGUUUUUGAAUUUGAUUGCUAGCCCCUCUGGCGUUGCCGAAUUUGCGGAACGAUUCCCCAAGUUGAGGGUCGUCACCGCGUUCAUUGACCAAGGGCUGGAUGAGAAGAAAUACAUCGUCCCUGGACUUGGAGAUUUUGGCGACCGUUAUUAUACGCUGUAG